ACCAACUGAGCUACAGGAGGCCUUCUCAGUUGUAAAGGCUCCUUUUGUGGCAUCAUCUCUCUAGAUAACCUCCCUGUAUGUCUUUUGCAGUGUCUUUUCCAUGUUACCUAAUUGGGAGUUCUCCUCUCCUAUUGGGUAGUGUCCCCAUUACCCGCCCCUCCAUCACCCAUAUGAUUGACACAUAUCCGUCACCGCCUGUCCCCUCCCUCCUCGUCCUAUUGGUCCUAUUAAAACCCCUCUCCUCCCUCCUCGUCCUAUUGGUCUUAUUAAAACCCCUCUCCUCCCUCAUCUGGAUCACUUUCUUCCACCUGAUCCCUCGUUCCAAAGACCUAAGGAUGGACUGGAGUGCUUACGGUAUUUCCCUCCAUUUGUCAUUCACCAUAUUCCUGUGUUUGAUUAUUUUCACUACUUUAUCUCAACUUUAUACUGUAAUCUCUGGUGUAAUUUUGAGUAGAAAAUGUCUGCUAAUUUGUGUGUGCUCACCUCCGCUAUCGAGCUCUCAGCUCUCAGUCUGUCCUCUUGAUCCGUUGUGUCUCUGGGAUGCUCCUGCCAUUGUCUGACUCCGUGACUUGGCUCCUGUGUUUCCGGUGUAGAGAUGGACCACCUGGAUGUCCCUCCUCUCACCCCCACCAGUAAGGAGGUCCUGAGCCAGGCGAUGAGGGCCACCUUCGCUGGCUUCGCCCAGGAGAGGAACCGCAUGCACUUCCCACAAGGUACCAUAUGGGGUAUACAGUGGCUUGCGAAAGUAUUCACCCCCCUUGGCAUUUUUCCUAUUUUGUUGCCUUACAACCUGGAAUUAAAAUGGAUUUUUGGGGGGGGUUUGUAUCACAACAUGCCUACCACUUUGAAGGUGCAAAAUAUUUUUUUUGUGUGAAACAAACAAGAAAUAAGACAAAAAAACUGAAAACUUGAGCGUGCAUAACUAUUCACCCCCCCAAAGUCAAUACUUUAUAGAGCCACCUUUUGCAGCAAUUACAGAUGCAAGUCUCUUGGGGUAUGUCUCUAUAAGCUUGGCACAUCUAGCCACUGGGAUUUUUGCCCAUUAUUCAAGGCAAAACUGCUUCAGCUCUUCAAGUUGGAUGGGUUCCGCUGGUGUACAGCAAUCUUUAAGUCAUACCACAGAUUCUCAAUUGGAUUGAGGUCUGGGCUUUGACUAGGCCAUUUUAAGACAUUUAAAUGUUUCCCCUUAAACCACUGGAGUGUUGCUUUAGCAGUUUGCUUAGGGUCAUUGUCCUCCUGGAAUGUGAACCUCCAUCCCAAUCUCAAAUCUCUGGAAGACUGAAAUAGGUUUCCCUCAAGAAUUUCCCUGUAUUUAGCGCCAUCCAUCAUUCCUUCAAUUCUGACCAGUUUCCCAGUCCCUGCCGAUGAAAAACAUCCCCACAGCAUGAUGCUACCACCACCAUGCUUCACUGUGGGGGUGGUGUUCUCGGGGUGAUGAGAGGUAUUGGGUUUGCGCCAGACGUAGUGUUUUUCUUGAUGGCCAAAAAGCUCAUUUUAGUCUCAUCUGACCAGAGUACCUUCUUCCAUAUGUUUGGGGAGUCUCCCACAUGCCUUUUGGCGAAAACCAAACGUGUUUGCUUAUUUCUUUCUGGCCACUCUUCCGUAAAGCCCAGCUCUGUGGAGUGUACGGCUUAAAGUGGUCCUAUGGACAGAUAGCUUUGCAGCUCCUUCAGGGUUUUCUUUGGUCUCUUUGUUGCCUCUCUGAUUAAUGCCCUCCUUGCCUGGUCUGUGAGUUUUGGUGGGCGGCCCUCUCUUGGCAGGUUUGUUGUAGUGCCAUAUUCUUUCCAUUUUUUUAUAAUGGAUUUAAUGGUGCUCCGUGGGAUGUUCAAAGUUUUGGAUAUUUCUUUAUAACCCAACCCUGAUCUGUACUUCUCCACAACUUUGUCCCUGACCUGUUUGGAGAGCUCCUUGGUCUUCAUGGUGCCGCUUGCUUGGUGGUGCCCCUUGCUUAGUGGUGUUGCAGACUCUGGGGCCUUUCAGAACAGGUGUAUAUAUACUGAGAUCAUGUGACUCUUAGAUUGCACACAGGUGGACUUUAUUUAACUAAUUAUGUGACUUCUGAAGGUAAUUGGUUGCACCAGAUCUUAUUUAGAGGCUUCAUAGCAAAGGGGGUGAAUACAUAUGCACGCACCACUUUUCCGUUAUUUAUUUUCUAGAAUCUUUUGAAACAAGGUAUUUUUUUCAUUUCACUUCACCAAUUUGGACUAUUUUGUGUGAAUGUCCAUUACAUGAAAUCCAAAUAAAAAUCAAUUUAAAUUACAGGUUGUAAUGCAACAAAAUAGGCACUGUACAUACAAUUAAUUACAUUUGGUAUUAUAGAAGUUGUAGUUUUGUUGUAACGGUCGUAUAGCCUACCUGUAAUUGCUCUCUCUGUAUCAGCCUAAACUGCACAGUGUGCUUUGGCAUGUGUGUGGAAUUCAAGAUGCAAAGAGAUACAAAUAUAUAAUAUUUUAUUUCCUAAUUUGUGUCCAGACCCUAACCUGUGGUCAGAGUGGGAGGUGAACCACUGGUUAGACUGGUGCCAGGCCGAGUUCGGCCUCCAAAGCCUGGGUCCGGAUUUGAGAAGGCUGCCUGGGAGUGAGCUCUGUGCCAUGGACAGAGAGGCCUUCCUGGACCUGACCUCUGACUGCACAGCAGGAGAGAUCCUCUGGGAACAUCUGGAAACUAUGUGCAGAGGUAAAUGGGGAGUGAUGCUUUAUCAUACCAGCGUAUGUAUUUAUUCAUUGAACAAUGACAUUGGUAGUAGAGAUUCCUAUUUCAUGUGUCUAUCUAUGUGUGUGAUUCAGAUUGUGAAUAUGAUCAUGGUUCCCCUCUAGUCCUCUGCACGUUGAAUUCUCUCUCUGGUAUAGAAACACAUCCCGUCAGAGGUGUAUUGUCUGUGUGUCUCUCAUAGAUUAUAUGUGACUGACAUAUCAACUAUGCUCUGUCUUCCUCAGACAGUUACGCGGACCAUGUGCAGCUCAUGGACAAGCAAAAUCACCACGGUCAGUUCUCCCAUCUCCCAACAGAACCCCCACAGCUUCUGACCCUUGACCCUGUGACUGUGAGAUAUCAGGACUACCACCGGGUCAAACAGGAAGGACCUCUGCUCCGAGACCUUGACAGGACAGGUAGGAAACCAUAGAUACCUUGGCAGGACAGGUAGGAAACCAUAGAGACCUUGGCAGGACAGGUAGGAAACCAUAGAUACCUUGGCAGGACAGGUCGGUAACCAUAGAGACCUUGGUAAGACAGGUAGGUAACCAUAGAGACCUUGGCAGGACAGGUAGGAAACCAUAGAUACCUUGGUAGGACCGGUAGGAAACCAUAGAUACCUUGGUAGGACAGGUAGGAAACCAUAGAUACCUUGGUAGGACCGGUAGGAAACCAUAGAUACCUUGGUAGGACAGGUAGGAAACCAUAGAUACCUUGGCAGGACAGGUAGGAAACCAUAGAUACCUUGGUAGGACCGGUAGGAAACCAUAGAUACCUUGGUAGGACAGGUAGGAAACCAUAGAUACCUUGGUAGGACCGGUAGGAAACCAUAGAUACCUUGGUAGGACAGGUAGGAAACCAUAGAUACCUUGGCAGGACAGGUAGGAAACCAUAAUAUUGGAUUGGAGGGGAAAAAGGUUAACAUUCAGAAUGUAUUUUAAUUGAUAAGCCUUUGGAAAUGCAUUAUUGCUUUAGACCAGGGCUUUGGAGGUGUCUCUCCUUCUGUUAGAGAGAUUGAUGGAAUAGAUUCCUAUCAUCUACCAAUUGUCUCAAUCUCUUUAACUUCAGACUAUGAUUCGGAGGUUGGGACCCUGCGUUAUGAGGACACAGACGGCACCGCUUCCCUGUCCUGGACUAGACCAAUGCAGGGUUUAGACAAGGGGGUGGAAGAGUCCAUCUCUGAGGACCCCUUCAAUUUGCCACACCCACACAGCAGCUUCAUAAAGUUUAUACGGGACAAGACUGAUCUGGGUAGAGCUGUGGAUCCUGCAGCCAUUCUGGAUGGUUAUACUGGUGAGUGAUGUUCUUUAUGAAGAAAGUGACCUGAAUCUCUCUGAUUACCCGUUGAUCUAGAAUCUAGGUGCUGCUUUAGCCAACUCCUUAGUCUUGAUCUUGUCGAAGCAAACAAUGCCGCUAGCGUUGUUCAAUGUAGAAAAAUCUGGGCAUCCAGGCAAUACAGUUUAAUCCCUCCCUAAAUGUCUCAACAAUUAGUGGUCCCGUUCAGCUGUUGUUUAAUCCCUCCCCAUAUCAAAUCAAAUUGUAUUUGUCACAUGCGCCAAAUUCAACAGGUGUAGACCUUACAAGCCCUUAACCAACAAUGCAGUUUUAAGAAAAAUAAGUAUUGAGUAAAAAAUAGAUACGUUUUAAUAAUAAUAAUAAUUAAAGAGCAACAGUAAAAUAACAGUAGUGAGUCUAUAUACAGGGGGUACCGGUACAGAGUCAAUGUGCGGGGGCACCGGUUAGUUGAGGUAAUUGAGGUAAUAUGUACAUGUGGGUAGACUUAAAGUGACUAUGCAUAAAUAAUAAACGAAGUAGCAGCAGCGUAAAAGAGGGGGAUGGGGUGGGGGUGGGGGGGCAAUGCAAAUAGUCUGGGUAGCCAUGAUUAGCUGUUCAGGAGUCUUAUGGAUUGGGGGUAGAAGCUGUUAAGUAGCCUUUUGGGCCUAGACUUGGCACUCUGGUACCACUUGCCGUGCUUUUUAGGGCCUUCCUCUGACACCGCCUGGUAUAGAGGUCCUGGAUGGCAGGGAGCUUGGCCCCAGUGAUGUACUGGGCCGUACGCACUACCCUCUGUAGUGCCUUGCAGUCGGAGGCCAAGCGGUUGCCAUACCAGGCAGUGAUGCAACCAGUCAGGAUGCUCUCGAUGGUGCAGCUGUAGAACCUUUUGAGGAUCUGAGGACCCAUGCCAAAUCUAUUCAGUCUCCUGAGGGGGAAUAGGCUUUGUCGUGCCCUCUUCACAACUGUCUUGGUGUGUUUGGACCAUGAUAGUUUGUUGGUGAUGUAGACACCAAGGAACUUGAAACUCUCAACCUGCUCCACUACAGAACCAUCGAUGAGAAUGGGGGUGUGCUCGGUCCUCCUUUUCCUGUAGUCCACAAUCAUCUCCUUUGUCUUGAUCACGUUGAGGGAGAGGUUAUCCUGGCACCACACGGCCAGGUCUCUGACCUCCUCCCUAUAGGCUGUCUCAUCGUUGUCGGUGAUCAGGCCUACCACUGUUGUGUCGUCGGCAAACUUAAUGAUGGUGUUGGAGUCAUGCCUGGCCAUGCAGUCAUGCGUGAACAGGGAGUACAGGAGGGGACUGAGCACGCACCCCUGAGGGGCCCCCGUGUUGAGGAUAAGCAUGGCAGAUGUCUUGUUACCUACCCUUACCACCUGGGGGCGGCCCUUCAGGAAGUCCAGGAUCCAGUUGCAGAUGGAGGUGUUUAGUCCCAAGGUCCUUAGCUUAGUGAUGAGCUUUGAGGGCACUAUGGUGUUGAAUGCUGAGCUGUAGUCAAUGAAUAGCAUUCUCACGUAGGUGUUCCUCUUGUCCAGGUGGGAAAGGGCAGUGUGGAGUGCAAUAGAGAUUGCAUCAUCUGUGGAUCUGUUGAGGCGGUAUGCAAAUUGGAGUGGGUCUAGGGUUUCUGGGAUAAUGGUGUUAAUGUGAGCCAUGACUAGCCUUUCAAAGCACUUCAUGGCUACAGACGUGAGUGCUACGGGUCUGUAGUCAUUUAGGCAGGUUACUUUAGUGUUCUUGGGCACAGGGACUAUGGUGGUCUGCUUGAAACAUGUUAGUAUUACAGACUCAGUCAGGGACAGGUUGAAAAUGUCAGUGAAGACACUUGAAAGUUGGUCAGCGCAUGCUCAGAAUACACAUCCUGGUAAUCUGUCUGGCCCUGCGGCCUUGUGAAUGUUGACCUAUUUAAAGGUCUUACUCACAUCGGCUACAGAGAGCGUGAUCACACAGUUGUCCGGAACAGCUGAUGCUCUCAUGCAUGCUUCAGUGUUGCUUGCCUCGAAGCGAGCAUAAAAGUAAUUGAGCUUGUCUGGUAGGCUCGUGUCACUGGGCAGCUCGCGGCUGUGCUUCCCUUUGUAGUCUGUAAUACUGCCACAUCCGACGAGCGUCGCAGCAGGUGUAAUGCGAUUCAAUCUUAGAUAUGUAUUGAUGCUUUGCCUGUUUGAUGGUUCGUCAGAGGGCAUAGCAGGAUUUCUUAUAAGCGUCCGGGUUAGAGUCCCGCUCCUUGAAAGCGGCAGCGCUAAUCUUUAGCUCAGUGCAGAUGUUGCCUGUAAUCCAUGGCUUCUGGUUGGGGUACGUACGGUCACUGUGGGGACGACAUCAUCGAUGCACUUAUUGAUGAAGCCAGUGACUGAUGUGGUGUACUCCUCAAUGCCAUCGGAAGAAUCCCGGAACAUAUUCCAGUCUGUGAUAGCAAAACAGUCCUGUAGCUUAGCAUCUGCGUCAUCUGACCACUUCUUUAUUGACCGAGUCACUGGUAAUUCCUGCUUUAGUUUUUGCUUUUAAGCAGGAAUCAGGAGGAUAUAAUUAUGGUCAGAUUUGCCAAAUGGAGGGCGAGGGAGAGCUUUGUAUGCGUCUCUGUGUGUGGAGUAAAGGUGGUCUAGAGUUUUUUUUCCUCUGGUUGCACAUUUAACAUGCUGGUAGAAAUUAGGUAAAACAGAUUUAAGUUUCCCUGCAUUAAAGUCCCCGGCCACUAGGAGCGCCGCCUCUGGAUGAGCGUUUUCCUGUUUGCUUAUGGCCUUACACAGCUCAUUGUGUGCGGUCUUAGUGCCAGCAUCGGUUUGUGGUGGUAAAUAGACAGCUAUGAAAAAUAUAGAUGAAAACUCUCUUUGUAAAUAGUGUGGUCUACAGCUUAUCAAGAGAUACUCUACCUCAGGCGAGCAAAGCCUUGUGACUUCCUUAAUAUUAGAUUUUGUGCACCAGCUGUUGUUUACAAAUAUACACAGACUGCCACCCCUUGUCUUACCGGAGUCAGCCGUUCUAUCCUGCCGAUGCAGCGUAUAUCCCGCCAGCUGUAUGUUGUCCAUGUCGUCGUUCAGCCACGACUCGGUGAAACAUAAGAUAUUACAGUUUUUAAUGUCCCGUUGGUACGAUAUCUGUGAUCGUAGUUCGUCUAUUUUGUUAUCCAAUGAUUGUACGUUGGCUAAUAGGACUGAUGGUAGAGGCCUUACUUAUUACCCACUCGCCGUCGGAUCCUUUCAAGGCACCCCGACCUAGGUCCCCGAUAUUUCAGUCUCUUUCUCCUGCGAAUGACAGGGAUUUGGGCCUUGUUGGGUGUCUGAAGUAAAUCCUUCGCGUCGACUCAUUAAAGAAAAAAUCUUUGUCCAGUACGAGGUGAGUAAUCGCUUUCCUGAUAUCCAGAAGCUAUUUUCGGUCAUAAAAGACGGUGUCAGAAACAUUAUGUACAAAAUAAGUUACAAAUAACGCAAAAAAACACACACAAUAGCACAAUUGGUUAGGAGCCCGUAAAACGGCAGCCAUCUCCUCUGGCGCUAUUCAGCUGUUGUUUAAUCCCUCCCCAUAUGUCUCAACAGGUAGUGGUCCCAUUCAGCUGUGGCAGUUUCUAUUGGAUCUCCUCACUGACCGCAGCUGUCAAUCAUUCAUCAUUUGGACAGGGGAUGGAUGGGAGUUUAAACUGACAGAUCCUGAUGAGGCAAGAGGUGUAGCCUAUUAUAUGCAAACAUGUUAUUAUGUUGUUACAGUGUUGUUAUUCUGAAGUAAGGUCAAUUAGCCAAUUUUAGAUUGGCCUAUAUACUGUAUAAUAGGUUGAUAAUACUAGUUUAAUGUGUUGAUAUCUGGGUUGAUAUCCCAGGUGGCCAAGCUAUGGGGCCGGAGGAAGAACAAGCCUAAGAUGAACUACGAGAAGCUGAGUCGAGGCCUGCGCUACUACUACGACAAGAACAUCAUCCACAAGACGUCUGGCAAGCGCUACGUCUACCGUUUCGUCUGCAACCUGCAAGGCCUGCUGGGAUAUGAACCCCGGGAACUGCACACCAUGUUAGAUAUCACGGCCAAAGACGGCCAUGAGUAA